GCGCAGAACAGCGGAAGUUCCUAGGCAAAAGGCCUCAGUCUCUCGACCAGUAGUGGGGAUAAAGACUUCAAAAUGCUGAUCAAAGUAAAGACUCUUACGGGAAAGGAGAUUGAGAUAGAUAUUGAGCCAACAGACAAGGUGGAGCGUAUCAAGGAGAGAGUGGAAGAAAAGGAGGGUAUUCCUCCCCAGCAGCAGCGCCUGAUCUUUAGUGGCAAGCAGAUGAAUGAUGAAAAGACAGCCCAAGACUACAAAGUGAUAGGGGGUUCUGUUCUCCACCUGGUACUUGCAUUACGUGGUGGACGAUUAUAGUUUUUCAGGCUGCAGACUGUAAAGGACUUGAAACUUAUUUAUGCUGUUCAGCCACCAGAAUACCCUUUUUGACGGCUGCGUUCACAAUCCUUUUGAGAUAUUGCUAGAAAGAAUUCAUUAGCCACUAUUGUGUCACCCAGGCUACUGCAGGCUGAUUUUGUUUUUGAUGCAAUGUCCAUCAUUUGCUAUCUGAAAUGUCAGGCAUUUCCAAAAUAAAAUUAACAUACACAGCUUUUAUUCAGGAGCCUGUAUUAUGUAAAAUUAUGUAUUGCUUAUGAGCCAGGUAGGAAUAGGUUUUGGAAAUAUGCAUUUCCAGAAAAUGAUAACUUACACAGCUUUUAUUCAGGAGCCUGCAUUAUGUAAAAUUCUUCAUUGCUUAUGAGCCAGGUAGGAAGUUUUUGGAAAUAUACAUCUUGCCUUUGGAAAAAAAAAUGAGACUAGUCGCAUCUGGUGUUAGUAAUAAUUGAGUAGGAGUCAAAUGUUGUACAGUUUUGUUUUUUGACAAUUUAAAUGUGUACUUGUGAGUUUGGUGCAUUGUCCAGAUCUUUGCUUUCAUUGCGAUUUGUUGGUAUGACUACGACAUUAAAACUUGAAACACUGGUUUA